GGGAAAGUGUUCUGAGAGUUUUGGACCCUUCUGUAUAUAAUAUCAACAUAUACUGACAGGCUUUGGGGUGGAUAUAUAGUUAGGCAAUAUGUACAAUAUAAGCAUACGUACACAAACAUACAUAUUUGCAUGGGCCAGACAUAUUUUAAUUUAUAUUUGAUCUGUUUUUAUUAUAUAUAUAUUACAUUUGCAUAUGGGAAGUCCAUUCUGUCUGUGUCUGAGAUUCUAAACUGCAUGAAAAUUUGGCUGAUUUUUGUUCUUAUUAUUGCAAACACUUUUCCAAUGUCACAGUAUAUGUGAAUUAUGUUGUGACUCAGAUAUUGUACAUGUGGCUGGUAGUCACCAACAACAAGAUCAUACACGUACAUAUCUAAAAAAAAAAAGAAGAUAUUUGAUAUCAAUCUGUGUAUACAGGAAACUGAUUGAAAUGAAAUGAAAUACAAUUAUAAAGUUGCAGCUCUGUAUUCCAUGAAUAAACAUGAUAUCAGUGAGGAUCUUUGUUAUACUGGGCUCCUUGUAUUUAGACAAACGACAAUCAAUUAUUCUCAAACAAUCUCUAUAUCUCUUUCAUAUCACUGCUGUAUUGCCUUGUCUUUUCUUUUUUUUCCCUUUUUCUUUUUAGUGUUUCUUUAUUUUUUUAUUGUCUUUAUAUCCUGCUACGGCACACGCCACGUGUGCCUGGACACACUCUGUUGUGGCACAUGCUAAAUAAAUACAGGCAUUAACUGUUGGACCCUGGUGGCAUUAUGCAAUGUUUAGAAAAAGCAGUGAAGAUAAGUAUGUGUCAGAACAGGAUAGGACAUAUAAGGCAUGGUGACUGUUUGGCCAGUCAAGCUGCAGUCACAUAAUUAGAUUAAAAAGAUUGUUGUGUAGUACAUCAGUAUUUUGGGUUUUGCACAGAUAUAUGGAGAUAUUGUGUAAUUCUGGAUUUACUAUGUCUACAUGUAGUGUUUUCCUUAAUUUUCAAAUACUACUGUUCAAAUACUUUUGACCAAAACCCCUCAACCUCCUACAGCUCCAAUGAAGUUGUUUAGUGGCUACUGAGAGACUGAGCCACAUGUUUAAGUAUUUUUCCAGCUAUUUCUAAAGGGAAAAAAUAGCUGCAUCCACAAACACUUCUAAUCUUGAUAAAAUACAGUACAUUUUUUGCUAUGUGACUCAAAUAUGUCGAAGGAUAGUUACAAAAAAAAUGUUUAGCAUAUUUGCCCUCCCGUCCCCUGCAGUGCCACCAGGGGAUUCAGGGGUAUGAGAUGGGGAGAGGUAAGUGAGGAGGAGGGUGGGGGGGGAAAUUGGGGGGUCGAAGAGAGGUGAGUAAGAGAUGAGUCAACAGCCCUCCACUAUAAGAUAUCCUGAUGGAGCCUAACAGUGGCAUACAACACGGACACCAGCCGAGGUAAGGCCAACUCUCCUCUCCAUCUCAUUCACCACCUCCUUUUCUCAGGCUUCAGCUCUUCCUUCUUUGUUUCACCAUCUGUGUUCACAGAUCACACAUGGUCUUUCUCCAGUAGUCAGUUUGUUCAACUUUAACUUUUAAUAUCUCCUCUGGGAAUUUUAAACGCUGCAUGUAUCCGUAAUUAAUGUGAGAGAAAUUCUUGUUGGUUAUUUUGUGUGUAUCAUAGUUGUUUUUUUAGUCAGCUUUUUCCCUUCGGUCUGUUCUUUACAGAGCCUGUAGCAUAGAUGUAGAUGCGCGUAGCAUGGUAAACUUGGCGUUGAGAAAGACACCGUUAACUAAAGUCAGUGAUCUUUGUACCAUUUACAAAGCCAAAUUCACAGGUGUCUCUAUCACAAAUAUUUGCUGCCAUAAUCAAACAUAUUGAGUAAAUUACUGGAAGGAAGCAUGUUGAUAAGUAUAAACUGAUGACAUGCUGAUAUGAACUCAUGCCUGCUGUCUUAGUGAGAUGACACAAUGGUGAAACAGCAAAUGAAUGAUGAAGAUCUACAAACAACAUAAAAAGGCAGAGUGACCUGCUCAAUCUCUGAUCAUGACCAAUUUAUUUCUCCUCCUAGGCAUACACUGCUGUUCUGAAUUCUGUACAACUCUGGGACUAUGGACUACACUCUGGCUCUCCUGUUUUCUCUACUGCAAGCUUUAAGUUUGUGCACAGCUGCUCCUCUGCCAACGGAAGUUGUGAAGAUGAAAUCAAAAGUGAAAUGGAUGGCUGAACAGCUGGUUGUCAGGCUGGACAAAGACUUGCAGGUCCCUGCUGGCCUCACACUCAGUCAGCCUGCUGACGAUCUGGAUGGACCCGCCUCCAUAGUGACAAUCUUGGAGGGUUACAACUGCCUGAUCUCUGACACCUUUAACGGGGUCUCCCAGGUCAAGUUGGACAUCUCUUCGUUGACGGGUUACCUCAAUCAGUGGAGGCAGGGGCACUGCAGUGAGCAGCGGCCAAAGCCUCCAGUGUCGGGGCCGCUGCAAAAACUACAGAGUCGAAAAGAGUUCAUCCACACGGUGAGCAUCGAAGCUCUCAUGAGAGUGAAAGAGUUCCUCAAUCUGCUGCUGAAAAAUCUGGAUCAUCUUGAGACUUGCUGAAAAAUGGACAUUAGGACCAAUAUUUAUAAGUCGUUGGCCUGAUUCUCUGGAUAAGUUUGCAUCAGUGAUGUCUGACUUAGCAUUCCCCCUGGCCAUGUUGAACUUUUGCAAUGUGUUUUGAAAGAAAUUUAUUCUUAAACAUGCACUUAUUUAUACACAUAUUUAUUUAUCUACUUUAUCUAUAAAAUAUGUAUUUUGUAGCAAACAUUGUCUCUUCAUUGGUAUGUCUGCAGCAAAAGUGUUGUUUCCAUAGGAAUGUUUGUAUAAAAACUGAUCUACAGCAUACUUUGCACAUGAAGGUAAAUCAGCUUCUUAUAGUUUGUAUUAUGACUCCGAUGUCGUGUCAAAAAAAAAAAAGGAAAAAGAAUUUAACAUUAAUUCAGUCCUGAAGCUGAAUCAGCAACGUAAGAAUAAUCACAGUGAACAGUGAUGUCAUGUCUGGAAAUUCCUGAAAUCCAGGAGGAAACUUGCCAAGAGUGACAGAUGUGUUUGUAUGAGAACUAGGACAGAACAGGAAGGGUAAAGGGCAACUUUCAGUGCAAUAUCAUCAGCUCUUCCAAAAUAACUAUUUAUAGCAUUAGACAUUUUGUAUAUAUAUUUUUUUUUUUUACAGUUGAUGGUAUUUUUUUUUAUAACUAAUGGGUUUAAACUAUGAAUAAAUAUUUAACAAAAUGAUCUUUUUGUCUGAGUAAGUUUGUCAGUGUUGUGUAAUGAGUGAAAGAGUGAAAGUGAAAACGCCUACACAGACCAGGUUAAUAUUAAAUGCCAUUU